CACUACCAUCACCACCACUAAAGACAAGCGCUGCCCAAUUUCUGAGUGGGAGUGUGUCACUAAGCCGAACAGCGACUCGCAACUCUUGACCUCGCCAAACUUAGAUCUACACUACACUACAGUACAGCGUAGGACUCCUUUCGCGAGUCACUUGUUUCCCGCAACCUCAUCUUACCCUUACCUUUCUUUAACCUCUACACUACAAUUGUCAAAGACAGCGACCCCCCCCUGUACCCCUCUCUUCACCGUCUUGCCGCACCUCCGAUCUUGACCCCACCAAACGAGAGGCCCCAGGUAUUUACCUACGUAAACCCAGUCCGUCCCGGCCAGCACGGAGCCAUUUCGAAACACGCAUCCUCUCUCUCUAUCACUUUCUCUCCACCUCCACAAACGCAACACCCGAUCACCUGAAGAGUUGCGCAUCUGCAGCACAGCAUGGCCGCGGAAAACGAGGAACACGAGGGCGCCUCCAUCAAGGAGCUCCUCAUCGAGGCCUGCCGGCGCAACAAUACCGACCUCUUCAACGAGGUCAUCGCCGACAUCAAGGACGAGGAUGAGCUCUCCCGCCUCCUUAACGAGACCACUACCGUCAUGGGCAACCACCUGUAUCACGAAGCCGCCUCGCGGGGUAACUACGAAAUAAUAGACCUCCUCCUAGACCAACCAAACUUCGAAUGCGACCCCGUCAACCGCCUCGAAGGCGACACCCCGCUGCACACCGCCAUCCGCUGGAUCAACUCGGAACCCCCCGCCCAGCGCGAUUUCGGCAACGCCCUCGUCGAGAUGAUGCUCGAGGCUGGCUCCAACCCGCGCGUCAAGAACAAGGGCGGCCUCACCGCCCCGCAGCUCGUCGACCCCCGCAACCCGGGCCUCCGCGACCUCAUCCAGAAGCACGAGUACGCCACCAUGAAUGCCGGCGACUUCAUCAACGUCGACUCCUCUUCCACCGCCGCCUCGCACGGCAAGAAGAAGGGGACCGCCCCCGCCGUCCCCAACGCUGCUGCCCCGCCCGUGCCCACAAACGCCGCCCCGCCCGUGUACAGCAACGACAACAACUCCUCCGACGAUGACGCCGAGUUCAGCGGGAGCGACGACGAGGAGAGGGCCGAGUGGGACCGGAGACGGAAGGAGCGUGCCGCGCGUAAGGGCUGAUCCGUCGUUAUGCGAAGAGGGCUGGGGAGGAUAGAGGCGGGGAGGAGAUUGAUGGCAUCAUACUCGAGUGGCGAACAGCCUGUCCCUUCCCAUCGGCUUGCUUCCUUCUCUCUCCUGACACCUACCAAGAAACUCGGGACUUGCAUCGUGGUACAUGUUUCAGCUUGUAAGACCCGCGCGAAUGGGGUUUGAGGGGGAGUCGGGGGGCUCUGUUUCGCUCCGGGCUCGGGCGUACAAUGGCAAACACGGGCGGGAUGGAUGGGCCUUAUCCGCGAAAGGGGCAGGAGAAGGGAGGGAGGGAAAGUUCAACGUUGCUCAUUGUUCCAAAGACGAAAAAGGGGAUGUGGGAUAUUACUGGGACUGGGGGCGUGGGGUGGAAUCAAUCAAAGCCAAAAUGGUGGUAGACCUGCAAUUACCAUGGAGUUGAAGGGGCGAGGAGCAUGUCGGCGUCAGUGGGCACCUCCCGAGGAAAAGAAAAAUCGAAUAGGGGAGGGGGAACCAACCAUGAAAAACCCAGAACCAAACAUAUUUUCAAAGACGAUGGCCAAUAACAACAUACAGGACCAAGGGCGGCGAUAAACCCUACUCACCUUCUUGGAGGUCGUGGGCAACGCGGUUAGAGAGACUGGCUUUGUGUGCCGGAAAAGGGGGGGGGGGGGGGGGGGGAAGAGGACUUGGACGGGACUUGAUAGACAGGAGGUUGAGCAUCGCAUCACGUACAUUACCUUGCAAGAAAACAAACACGUCAGACCAA